AUGACUAUCGUCCGGCAGAGAGAUGCGAAUUUGGUACCGAUCGUGUGGCAAGCGAGUCACAUGAUCGGGUACGCGUUGACGGCCGUGAUGGCCAUGGCUUGUAGCAUCAUGUUCUACUUGGCCGUGGCGGAAUCAAAUCAUCGGUGUUACAUAUACAACGAUGUACUUAUCGUGCAGGAAGAGUCCAGGGAGAAUAAUCAGACGUUAUUGUCCGACGAAACGGUCUGGUACAGGAACUCGAACUGUUACGACCCGUUCACGUUUUUGUUGAGAUUGUUCGUCAGCUCGGUCGUGUGGAUGAUUUUGUUCCUGAUUUUUGGCCGCGGUGGAUCUUCUAUAUCCGAGGAGAACGAUCACAGAAAGUACUUCAGUGACAUGGUCGGACAAUGGCAUGUGGUCUUCUUCGCCCUUUGCUUCAAUUUUUGGUAUUUUUUACAAACAAUCAUAAUCUCUUCGAGGUUCACUAAUGGUUAUCUAAUUUUUGUCGCAACCCUAUCAUAUGCAUCAACAGACAAUUAUUUUCGCAAUCAAUUCGAACGUUUUGAGAAACUGUAUUACAUUAAAACUAUAGUAUUAUUUUGGUGUCAAAGUUUUUUGUGUACGUUUAAUUUUCUAUUGACUAUUUAUCGCUGCGCCAUGGGUGUGGACUUCGAAGUAGAUUUAAACAGCGACAACAAUGAUGAGCAGGACGAUGCGAUGAUCGCUGGUCCUUCAAAUCAAACGAAAGCAACAAUAGUUUGCAGUCCGUGGUUUUGUACGGAGACAUCACACUAG